GGAUCAGCAGUCGUAGGCUUUGGCUGGGUGUUGACCGCCCUGUCAGGUGUCAUCGUCACAGCAAGAAGUGUCAUGAAGAUUCUACGAUUUCACGGUCUAGCAUGGGAAGACUAUCUGAUGAUCCUAUCAAUGCUCCUUGCAAUUGUCUACGAAGUCUCAAGCACAUUACUCUAUGGAACACAUCCUACCGAGAGAACCGCCUUCCACUCCCCCAAAUUCGCGAAAUACAUCUAUAUCUGCCAUUCCGUCGGUUUCAUGGCUCCGUUAUUCAGUCGCAUCUCAUUCUGUCUCUACAUGCUGCGUGUUCUCAGUACAACGUCCGCUACUAGAAAACGCUGCAUCUACGCCUUUAUCACACUCCAGCUCUUGGUCAAUGUGCCCAUGUCGAUCUUCGUAUUCACGCAAUGCGGAAACUUCCACAACCUUUGGGGACACGGCAUGGCAGAGUCUGCACCAUCUUGCGUGCAUCACAUCGUCAUCAAAAGCGCAGCUCUCACGGCAUCCGUCUUCAACGCCGUUACCGAUCUCUUCUUGACAAUCUUGCCGGCAAUGGUUGUUUGGAGUAUCAAAGUCAUGACCCCGCGUGCACGCCUCGGUCUCGUUGCUACUUUGGGUUUGAGCUUCUUCGCAACCAUUGCCAGUGCGAUCAAGGUCUACUAUGUGUAUGCAAUGUACACAUUCGCACCAUCCAUGCAAGAAGUAGGACACUUGAUCUUGGUCAUGUGUGUGGAGAUCAACGUUGUCAUUAUUGCCGCCAGUAUUCCUGUAUUGGCGCCGUUGUUCUUGCAGAAGAGUGGAAGGAGCAGAAAGGGCAUGUACAAGGAUCCUGUAUUGCCGACCUAC